CAUCAGAAAUGGCAUGCUGUUGUAAACCUGGUCGAUCAAACAAAUCGUCUGUGAGCUGUUUAGGUCGCUGCGAUUUGCCAAAACACCACUGUCUAGAGAAGGAUGAGGUUAAACCUGGCCCCGUACCAAAACACAUGGGAUGGCUCUAUACAGCGAAAGAUGCUCCUGAGCAUCAGUUACGUUGCGGCUGGCGACCAGGCCACAUUUCGUGCCCAGUUCUGAAGCGAAUCGAACAACACAACUGCAUGAAAGCCAGCGACUGCUCUGCGUGUCCAGCUGUUUGCAGUAAACCAUGUUGUAUGCCGCCGAAAUGUUUAGCAGUAUGCCCCUCAUCAGUCUCAUGUUGUAAACAGCCCCCAUGUACCCAACCUCUCAUAAGAAUCAUACGCCACGGUGGACAGUAUACCAUAUGUACUAAACCUUCAAACAUCAGCAAUGCACCUUCAGGACCAUACCCAUUAAAAUAUGUCCUUAACACUGACCCUGAUGAUGUAUCAACAACAAACGUAAAAUACAGCGUAGAGGCGAAGUUCAACGACUAUCAUUUUGAUUAUACAAGCUCUCAGACAUCAUUUGUUUUGGACUUCUCACCUCCAGAACAAAAGUGCUAUAAACCGUGCCCAAAGAAGAGUUUGAUAUGUAUGGCAAACUAAGAAGAAAAUCUACAUAAGUGUGCUUUUUCACCAGAGAUGUGCUAUGCUACGUUGCUGUGUAUAUAUAUAUUCGAUAUCCGCCAAUUACAUUAUUUGAUGCAUACUGGUACGGAUUCAAUUAAGGAAUAAUAUUUUGCUAAGAAAGCUUAGCUUUUACAUCCUCGCAGCAUAGCUACAAAGCACAUCUCUGGCGGAAAAGCACCCUAACUGGAAUAUUCAAAUUUUAACAAUACUAUAAGUGAUACAUUGAAUCAAAUGCAAGACCUGUAAAUUUUUGAAAAGUUAAAUAAAAAAU